GAUGUGAAGUUUCCUGUGUUUGUCACAGAGACACAUACUGUACUCCAUCCUAGCCACGGGCUGACAUGCUAACAGCACUCCGGCAUGCUACCGUCAAGUUUGCUUCCCAGAGACGUAGAACAGAAGAAGCAACAGGCAAGCAAAAACUUUUAAGGAGUCGGCUGAAGAGCUGCAGAUAUGGCAAGCAUGUACACAACAAAAAGCCUGGACUAUAUUGACUUGGCCUCUCUCAGAGACCCUGCAGGUAUAUUCGAGCUGGUUGAAGUUGUUGGGAAUGGGACAUAUGGACAAGUCUAUAAGGGACGCCAUGUUAAAACAGGGCAGCUGGCUGCAAUAAAAGUAAUGAAUGUCACGGAGGAGGAAGAGGAGGAAAUAAAACUUGAAAUAAACAUGCUGAAGAAGUAUUCCCAUCACAGGAACAUUGCAACAUACUAUGGAGCAUUUGUGAAGAAAAGUUUUGCAGGCCAAGAUGAUCAGCUUUGGCUCGUAAUGGAAUAUUGCGGAGCAGGGUCAGUUACGGACUUGGUGAAAAAGACGAAAGGCAAUUGCUUUAAGGAAGAUUGGAUUGCGUACAUCUGUAGAGAGAUUUUAAGGGGUUUGGCUCACCUCCAUGCGCACCAUGUAAUUCAUCGGGAUAUUAAAGGGCAAAAUGUUCUGCUUACUGAAAAUGCUGAGGUGAAACUAGUUGACUUUGGUGUGAGUGCCCAGCUGGAUAGAACCAUAGGGAGGAGAAACACUUUCAUUGGCACCCCUUACUGGAUGGCACCUGAGGUCAUAGCAUGUGACGAGAAUCCAGACUCAACAUAUGACUACAGAAGUGAUCUCUGGUCCCUAGGAAUAACAGCGAUAGAAAUGGCCGAGGGCGCACCCCCUCUGUGUGACAUGCACCCUAUGAGAGCACUUUUCCUUAUUCCACGAAACCCCCCACCAAAAUUAAAAUCAAGGAAGUGGUCAAAGAAAUGUCUGAACUUUGUGGAUAGCUGCCUUGUUAAAAAUUACACACAUCGUCCUUCCACAGAAACACUUCUUAAACAUUCAUUUGUUCGAGAUAUUCAAAACGAGCGGCAGAUACGUAUUAUGCUCAAAGACCAUCUGGAUAGGACCAGAAAAAAGAAAGGAGAGAAAGAUGAAACUGGAUAUGAAUAUAGUGGAAGUGAAGAAGAGGAUGAUGAAAUGAAUGAAGAUGAGGGAGAACCAAGCUCCAUUGUUAAUCUUCCUGGCGAAUCGACUCUCCGCCGCGAGUUCUUGCGACUGCAGCAGGAAAACAAGAACAGAUCAGAUCCUCAGAGACAGCAACAAUUACAACAGCAGCUAAAGGACCAGGAAAGAUACAAAAAGCAGCUCCUGGCAGAGCGCCAGAAGCGGAUCGAGCAGCAGAAGGAGCAGAGGAAAAAGCUGGAGGAUCACCAGAAAAGAGAGCUGGAACUGAGAAAACGACAAGGAUUUGAUACAAGGUGGACUGACCAGGAAGAAAGUCAAAACCAAGAGUCAAAAGGGAAGGAAAGCAGGAGACACGUUGAACAAACAAGAUGUGCUCUUACCGACGGACAUGAUAAGAGUGAAAGGAAACAGCAGGAAGAUUGGAGGCAGAAACCAGAUGGAAGUAACAAAGCUACAGACGUGUCACUACAUGCAACAAGAGCAGAGGAAACACAGAGCCAUAAGAAGCAUCAUCGCACACUGCCCAAGGAUCAGACUCAAUUAUUAAUUCUUCAACAUGAUCACAAGACGAAGAACGCGGAGGCACAAAAGCACCUUAAGGAUCAUUCGCAUGUGAUCGUCAAUGCGGAGAUACAGGAGAAGAAGAAUGCAGUAGUUAACCCCAGUAACAUGAAAUGGACUGGUUUGAUGCAUCCAGCACACAGCAGACUUGGCUCUGGGAGCAGUUCUAGCCCAUGCACCCCAGCACUUCCAAGAGCUGCUCUUCCAGAGAAUGAAAAUCUCCGAUCAAGUAAGGAGAAUCACUAUAGCAGCUCCUUGUCUGACAUGGUCAUGAUUCCUUUAACUCCUGGAAAAGAUGAUGUAUUCUGGGAUUCACUACAAACUGAAGAACCUCCUCCAAAGGUUCCAGAGAGAACUACUUCAAAGUUCUACAAAGCAGAUUUUCCAGGCCAUCAAAGAUCUCCAUCUGGUAUGAUUCAACAGGCCAUCAAAGAGCAGCCGCAGAACAGGAAAGGUAGCAGCCCAUCCCAUGGAAGUGGAAAUCAAUGCAACCGAUCCAAGACAGGAAUAUUUCAAGAAACCCAUGUGCUGCAGAACUAUCCCCAGCAUUUCAGAAAGCCUGAGAAUGGACCACGUCUGGACUGCCCCAAAAUAUCAAGUCCCAACUUCUUGGCCAAAGGAAAAGACAGCAAAAGCUCCUACAUGAAAGCAUCUCACUUCUCCUCCUCCAGUGAUGAGAUCGGCAGCAGUGAUGAUGAAAUACAAAAUAAAAGGCAACCAUUGAGCAAUGGGAUGUUGAAUAUCUCAAGGACAAGAGUUCCAGAUGGAAUUACAGAGAAACCCCAAAGCAACAAAUCUGAAGACAAGGCAGCUGGAAAUCUAAGUUGUAGCAGCAGCAGCAAUCAAGAUGUCUGGAACUCCUACAACCAAACAUAUCUACUGCCAGAUCUCUUACAACAGAGCCAACCCUCAGAACCUUCAGUGAAUCAGAACAAAACUCCCCUAAAAAGUUCCAAGCCUUCAAACACAUCUAAAAAUGAUCAGAUGCCAAAUGGUGAAACAUCAACACCCAAGAAUAGUUCAUCAUCAACAACCUCAUUUAGUGCAUUCAUUGACCCCAGGCUUCUUCAGUUCUCUCCUCCGACAAGUCCAGCAAGCUCUUCAUGCAACACGAAAUUGGAGCCUUGUCGAAGAGAAAAUGCAAGGAAAGGUUCUGUGGUCAACGUUAAUCCGACUAAUAUUCGUCCUCAGAGUGACAGUCCAGAGAUUCGCAAAUAUAAAAAGAAAUUUAAUUCAGAGAUCCUUUGCGGUGCCCUUUGGGGUGUCAACUUGCUGGUGGGAACCGAACAUGGUCUUUGGUUACUGGACCGGAGUGGACAAGGAAGGGUUUAUUCCUUAAUCAACAGAAGACGCUUCUACCAAAUGGAUGUUCUAGAAGGGCUUAAUAUUCUUAUUACUAUAUCUGGCAAAAAAAACAAACUGAGGGUGUACUAUUUAUCAUGGCUGAGAAACAAAAUCCUACGAAAUGACCCAGAAGUAGAGAAACGCCAAGGAUGGGUCUCUGUGGGGGAGCUGGAAGGUUGUGUACACUACAAAGUUGUGAAAUAUGAAAGGAUAAAAUUCCUUGUGAUUGCUCUGAAGAACUCAGUGGAGGUAUAUGCAUGGGCACCAAAGCCGUAUCAUAAAUUUAUGGCUUUUAAGUCAUUUUCAUCCUUGCAUCAGAAACCAUUGUUUGUUGACCUAACAGUGGAAAACGGACAAAGGCUGAAGGUCAUCUAUGGCUCUGCAGUUGGAUUUCAUGCUAUUGAUGUUGACUCUGGGACAGUGUAUGACCUCUAUCUACCCACACAUAUCCAGGGGAAUAUACAUCCUCACGCUAUCAUUAUUCUUCCAAACACAAAUGGUAUGGAACUGCUGGUCAGUUAUGAAGAUGAAGGAGUGUAUAUUAAUACAUAUGGACGGUUCAGCAAAGAAACCAUUUUGCAGUGGGGAGAAAUGCCAGCCUCUGUGGCAUAUCUUCCGUCUAAUCAAGUAAUGGGCUGGGGAGAGAAGGCAAUCGAGCUGCGGUCAGGGGACACUGGAACUCUAGAAGGUGUUUUCAUGCACAAGAAAGCACAGAAAUUAAAGUUUCUGUGUGAAAGAAAUGACAAGGUGUUUUUCGCUUCGAUACAAACUGGUGGCUGCAGUCAGAUUUACUUUAUGACCCUUGGACAAAAUAUGCUGUUUAACUGGUGACCACGUUCAAGCCUGCAUUGGAUAAAGAGUUGACUUGCUAUUAAUUGUCAUUGUUUCAUUUUGCUCUCAUAACUGUGUAGAUUAAAAAAUGUAGCAUUAAAGUAUACAAUAUGGUGGCUAUCAGUCUUUAGCAGUAUUUAAUAUAUGUGGCAUGAUGCUGUUCUUUGUAAAGGUUAACUUUUUGGAAAAGAUAGCAUACAAACUGUGACUUGGAUGGAUGGAUUGGUCUAAACACUUACUCCUACUUCUUGAUAUAGUAGAUGAUAUAUAAUGUUAUCAAUGUCUUCAAAAUGUAUUCAGAGAUGGUUAUAGCUCAACAGGUAGAGGAAAAUCAAGCAAUAUCAAAAUGUUUAGAGAUGCAAAAAAAGCAAUUUCACAUUUUUAAUAGUACUGGAAUAUGAUAUAUUGCACUUUUUGCUUCAAUAUUUGGGUUUUUAAUCAUACUUCAUUGACACUGUAAUGAACAAUCUUACUUGAAGGACAUGCAAUUUUCAUAGCAUUAGACAAACAUUGUAAUGUAAUAUAUAUUUGUAAAAUAAGUUGAGUGGCAUUUCAUUUAUCCAUCACAGAGCCUAAGAUUUACUUAAUCAUAUGUAUGUAAAUUGGAUUAUUCCUACAUUUGUAAAUAAAAUUAUUUUAGUUUAAAAUCAUGAAUUUUAGUUUACCACUAAUAGAAAAUAGUAACUUUUUAGAUAGAUGGCAAAUUUGGUUUAAUGUCGUUGUUGUAUUAGUCUUUGUUUUUUGUUAAAUCAUUUUUAAAAUAUUUUGAGGUGUAAAACAUUCUGAACAAUUUAGAUUGUAUAUUUCCAAACAUUUAAUGAACAUUUAAUGGUAAAAUAUAUUGUGUUCCCAUUUUAUUCUUAUGAUUCAAUGAGUUGUACGAGAAACUUUGUUCAGCCACACACAAAAAUCUGCAGAAAAACUAGAUGCACAUAUGCUUCUAAAGCAUAUGCUUUAAUAGUGUACCUUACCUCCCAGCAGUCUCAGUUUUAUAGGUACAGUCCUGCAGUCCUGGUGGUACCAUCAGAGUUUGAGUUAAUAGAGAUACAUUUUCCUUGAUAUUUUGUUAAAUGCAAUAGUUUAUUUUCUACCAAAUGCCUAAAAUGUAUAAUAUAUUUAAUAUAAUACUUAUAUUCAUGUUGCUUUACAAGGCAUUGGAACUUAAAGAUAGAUCUACAUGCAGCACGCCAUUGACACUAUUUAAGGGCAGUUAAUUGAACAGCGAUUAAAAGAAAAUAUUUUAUAGUCUUCAUUAUGUAUGUUGGGAGCCCAUUUUGCAAAGUAUUUUACUGCAUGCUAAUUGAAGCAUGCAUGCUUCCUCUACUGAAACCAAUAGAAGUAUUAGUGUGAAGUUCUCGCACGUGUUGAGUAGAGAUCCCACGGAUAUUACUGAGGCUGCAGCUAAUCUUAGAAAGACAGCAGUGUUCAGAUAGCAUACAUGUUAUUGGCUGCUGUCACUUCAAGUGAUUUCAUAGAAGCUCAGAACUGAACUGGAGAACUACUGAACAUGUGUAAGUAGCUAGGGGCAUUGCUAAGGCAGGCGCAGCGGGUGCCCAAAUGGUAGUAAAGGCAGUUCACACACAGAUUGCAAGCUGUACUAAAGAUAAAAACUCUGUACACAA